AACCGCGGAGAAAUUUAGAUGCACACCGCCCCCGAGUUGUAGUUGUAGCCGACUAUAAAUAGUUGGGGGCUGGGAGGGCGAGCUCCUCACUGCCAACCACACGUUCCCAAGCCAGCCAUUGGUUGGUAGCAAGCCAAGCUAAUCAAGCUAGCUUUAGAUACCCGCUCCCGCUCUUCUUCCCUCCGACGAAGUCAGCUGACGAUAUAUACAGCAGGCUAGCUUCGGAGUUCGGGGCACUCAGCGAUGGCCAUUGCCGGCGCUCUUCUCCUCCUGCUCGGACUCCUCGCGCGGGAGGCCGCUGCCGGCGGGUGGCAGAGCGCGCACGCCACGUUCUACGGCGGCGGGGACGCGUCCGGCACAAUGGGCGGCGCCUGCGGGUACGGCAACCUGUACAGCACGGGGUACGGCACGAGCACGGCGGCGCUGAGCACGGCGCUGUUCAACGACGGCGCGGCGUGCGGGUCCUGCUACGAGCUGCGGUGCGACAACGACGGGCGGUGGUGCCUGCCGGGCACCAUCACCGUCACGGCCACCAACUUCUGCCCGCCCAACUACGGCCUCCCCAGCGACGACGGCGGCUGGUGCAACCCGCCGCGCCCGCACUUCGACAUGGCCGAGCCGGCCUUCCUCCGCAUCGCGCAGUACCGCGCCGGCAUCGUGCCCGUCGCGUUCAGGAGAGUGCCGUGCGUGAAGAAGGGCGGCAUCCGGUUCACCAUCAACGGGCACUCCUACUUCAACCUGGUGCUGGUGACCAACGUGGCGGGCGCCGGCGACGUGCGCUCCGUCUCCAUCCGGGGCUCCCGCACGGGGUGGCAGCCCAUGUCCCGGAACUGGGGCCAGAACUGGCAGAGCAACUCGUACCUGGACAGGCAGGCGCUCUCGUUCCAGGUCACCGCCAGCGACGGCCGCACCGUCACCAGCAACGGCGCCGUCCCCGCUGGCUGGCAGUUCGGCCAGACCUUCGAGGGCGGCCAGUUCUGAGGAUGAACAGCUAGCGCGCGCGCGGCUAGCUAUUGGAUAAUUAGUUACGGUACUGUCGAUUUGUUUGUUUUUUUUUUUUUUUUUGCGCGUGAUGAUCGAGUGCAUGCAAGAGAAAGAGACGACGAGGAGAACGACGAAGACGAAGACGAAGCCUCUCUCCGGGUAUAUUGAAGGAAGGAGAAGGCUUUGCGCGCGCUAUGCUGAGGCUGCUAAUCUAGCACCCGCCUAGACGUUUCCCUUUUCUCUUCUCUGGUGGAUUACGGACUGGAUCGGACCAAAGAUCGAUCCAGCUCCUAGUACUAAUAAUAUAGUUGUACUUGAGAAAAAUGAAAUAAUUGUAAUUUAUUGUUUUUUUGGGGACCUUUGAUAUUAUUGUACUCGCGCGCGCCGGCCUUGCGUGGAAAUUGAAGUUCGCAAUAAGGCCGGCCGCCGGCUUUUAUUCA